UCAGGGAGCUGGGAAAAGCUUGUGGACUAAGUACAAAGCUUUCUCAGAGUUGGGCUACCACUCUGUCUUGGUGCCUUUAGCGGAUGGUUUGGAUAAAGUACCAUCGGAAACCUUCAAGACUCAAAUGGACUUCUACAUAGGGCUGGUUGUAACCUGGGCUCUCAGCCUCCUCCCAGGAUUUUGUGACACCUUCAACAUUGACACAAAGAAACCACGAAUUAUACCAGGGUCUAAGGAAGCAUAUUUUGGCUAUACAGUUCAACAGCAUGAAAUCAAUGGGAAGAAAUGGUUGGUGGUAGGAGCUCCUUAUGAGACCAGUGGACACCAGAAGACUGGAGAUGUCUACAAGUGUUCGGUGAAUGGGGAAGCCAACAGCACCUGUUCUAAGCUCAAUCUUGGACGAGUAACUCUAUCCAAUGUGUCAGAGCGCAAGGAUAAUAUGCGUCUCGGUUUGAGUUUGACGACAAACCCCAAAGACAACAGCUUUCUGGCUUGCAGCCCCCUCUGGUCUCAUGAGUGCGGAAGUUCUUACUACACCACAGGAAUGUGCUCCAGGGUGAACUCCAACUUCAGAUUCUCCAAGACUGUGGCUCCAGCUCUCCAGAGAUGCCAGACAUACAUGGAUAUAAUUAUCGUGCUGGAUGGAUCCAACAGCAUUUACCCCUGGGCAGAAGUUCAGGAUUUCCUAAUAAAAAUCUUGAAGAAAUUUUAUAUUGGACCAGGUCAAAUACAGGUUGGAGUCAUCCAGUAUGGAGAGGAUGCUGUGCAUGAGUUUCAUUUGAAUGACUAUCGGUCUGUGAAAGACGUAGUGGAAGCUGCUCGACACAUAGAGCAGAGGGGGGGUACGGAAACCCGAACAGCGUUUGGGAUAGAAUUCGCUCGCUCAGAAGCAUUUCAGAAAGGUGGAAGGAAAGGGGCCAAGAAGGUGAUGAUUGUAAUCACAGACGGAGAGUCUCAUGACAGCUCAGACCUUGAAAAGGUUAUUGAAGUCAGUGAGAAGGAUAAUGUCACCAGAUACGCCGUUGCAGUUCUUGGCUAUUACAAUAGAAGAGGAAUCAAUCCUGAAGCCUUCUUGAAAGAAAUCAAGUUUAUAGCGAGUGACCCAGAUGAGAAGCAUUUCUUUAAUGUCAGUGAUGAAGCUGCUCUUAAAGAUAUUGUAGAUGCUCUUGGAGAAAGGAUUUUCAGCUUGGAAGGCACCAACAAGAAGGAGAUAUCCUUUGGCCUCGAAAUGUCCCAGACUGGAUUUUCAUCACAUAUUGUGGAAGAUGGGAUUCUGCUUGGUGCUGUGGGCGCCUAUGACUGGAAUGGAGCAGUUCUCAAAGAGACUAACAGUGGCAAAGUCGUUCCCCAUCGAGAAUCCUAUCUUGAAGAGUUCCCAGAGGAACUGAAGAAUCAUGGAGCAUAUCUAGGUUACACUGUGACCUCAGUGGUUUCAAGAAGACUUGAUAGGAUUUAUGUAGCAGGAGCACCUCGCUUCAAUCACACAGGGAAAGUUAUCAUUUUCACAAUGCACAUGAACCGGAAUCUCACCAUUCAUCAGUCCCUAAAGGGAGAACAGAUUGGUGCCUAUUAUGGAAGUGAAAUAAGUUCCAUAGAUGUUAAUGGGGAUGGGGUUACUGAUGUUUUGCUAGUUGGAGCACCAAUGUAUUUCAGUGAAGGAAGAGAGGAAGGAAAGGUGUAUGUCUACAUUCUAAAAGAGAACCAGUUUGUCUCCAAUGGGGCUCUAAAGGUUCUGCCAAGCUACCAGAACUCCAGGUUUGGUUCCUGCAUUGCAUCCGUCCCUGACUUGAACCAGGACUCUUACAAUGAUGUUGUUGUGGGUGCUCCCCUGGAAGAUGAGCAUCAGGGAGCAAUCUAUAUCUUCCAUGGCUACAAAGAAAACCUCAUACGGAAAUAUAAGCAGAGAAUAGCAGCAGCUAACCUUUCUCCAGGCUUGAUGUAUUUUGGGUGCAGCAUCCAUGGCCAUUUGGACCUGAACGAAGACGGCCUCGUAGAUCUUGCAGUUGGCUCACUUGGAAGUGCCAUACUAUUAUGGUCCCGCAGUGUUGUUCAGGUCAAUGCCAGUAUUCAGUUUGAACCUUUACAAAUCAACAUUUUCAACAAGGACUGCAUUAGGAAUGGAAAGGAUGCUACUUGUCUGUCUGCAUUUGUUUGCUUCACUGCCAUUUUCCUCUCAUCUCAUUUUCAGAUGGCAAAUGUGGCACUGAAUUACAACAUCACCAUUGAUGCACGACGGUACAUUCCACGAGCCCACCUGGAUGAAAAUGGAGAGAGAUUCAUCCAUAAGACAACUGUGUUAUUUGCAGGGCAACAACAAUGUGAGAGGCUCAAUUUUCAUGUCUUGGAUACAGCAGACUAUGUGAAGCCAGUGACCUUUUCUGUUCAUUAUGAGCUGGAGAGUUCUGACAGUGGUCCAGUGAUGGAUGACGGGUGGCCAACCUCACUAAAAGUUGCUGUACCUUUCUGGAAUGGCUGUAAUGAGGAUGAACACUGCAUUCCAAAUUUGGUACUUGAUGCUAAAACUGAUAUUCCAACUGCCAUGGAAUACUGCAGACGUAUCCUGAGAAAGUCACAUUCAGAUUGCUCCGACUACACACUCUCUUUUGAUACCUCCAUUUUUGUCAUAGAGAGCUCCAGGAGAAGGGUGGCAGUAGACGUUACACUGGAGAACAGAGGAGAAAAUGCAUAUAACACUUUUCUCAAUAUUUCCUUCUCAAGAAACCUACAGUUUGCAAGCUUGAUCCAAAAGGAUGACCUGGACAUUAACAUAGAAUGUAUGUCUGAAGAGAAGCAUCGAAACUGGAGGAUUUGCAACAUCAGCUAUCCAUUCUUCCGGGCCAAAGCAAAGGUGACUUUUCGCUUGGAUUUCGAGUUCAGCAAGUCUAUUUUCCUCCAAGACGUAGAGAUCUUUUUGACCGCCAAGAGUGACAGCGAGGAACAAGAAAGCACCAAAGAGGACAAUUCUGUUCGGCUAAAUUUUCCACUGAAAUAUGAAACUGACCUCCUUUUCACCAGGAGUUCCAGUCAGAGCUACUAUGAAAUAAAAUCAAAUAAGUCUUUAGAGAGCUACAACAGCAUUGGCCCUCCCUUCAACUGCACCUUUAGGUUACAGAAUCUGGGCCUUUUUCCUGUUGAUGGGAUUGCAAUCAAAAUCACUGUUCCGGUGGCCACACGAGGAGGGAAUCGCCUUCUGCAGCUAACAGAUUUUGCCGUGCAAGAGGAAAAUAUAAAAUGCACCAUUGGUGGCAAUAAUACAGACUACCGGAGAACACCGUCUGAUGAAGACUUGGGCCGCCAUCCUCAACUAAACUACAGUAAUUCUGAUGUAAUAUCAAUAGACUGCAAUGUGAAUCUGGCUGCCAAUGAAGAAGUCCACCUUCUCUUGUAUGGAUAUCUGUGGAUGAAGUCACUGAGUGCUCUGAAAUUCAAAUCAUUGAGAUUCAUGAUUAACGCUUCUCUGCAAAGAGGGUUUCGCAGUGCCUUUGUCUUUAGAGAAGAAGAUCCUAGCCGGCAGAUCACAUUUGAAAUCUCCAAGGUAGAGGAAUCCCAGAUCCCCAUUUGGAUCAUUAUUGGGAGCACAUUAGGUGGCCUACUCCUCUUGGCACUACUUGUGCUCGCAUUGUGGAAGCUUGGCUUUUUUAAAAGUACCAACCGAAAGAGAGAAACAGCCCAGGACCAGAACAGCAAGGAUUUGGAUUAAAGUCUCCACUUGCCCCAGUGACUCAGUCAUCUGCAGAAGGCCAUAUUUUGUUUGGUGUGAAGGUCUCUGUCUGCAUUGAUCAAUCUCCUGUCACGAAAAACAACCAAGCCACUAAGUGUUACCUACAAAGAUUGAGAUGCAGCCAGCUAAAUGUACUUCAAACUGGUUUUAUUUCCUUCUGCCUUAAGACACGGGAAAUACAUAAGGAGUGGGAGGGAAAAUUUAUAGGGACAGGACUCUUCAGUGGUAAUGUUAUUCUUAAAAAAUGACCAACCUUGCAA